AUGGGCACCUCCCCUAUUUGCUCUAUUUGCGGUGAAUUUGCUGAAUAUGUUGAACACAUGCUCUUACUCUGUCCUUGGGUUGAACCUGUGUGGUUUGGUGGCCAAUUGAAUAUCAAGUUAGACAAGGGAGCGAUCACAAGUAUGGAUAGAUGGUUGUUGUCAAUCACAAAUGAGGGGGUUCUAAGUGUGACCGAUCGAGAAUGGAUGAGUACUAUUAUUGCCCACAAAUGCUGGCACAUUUGGAAAGCCUGUUGCAAAGCUGUUAUGGAGCAUAAGGCCCCGCAUCCCCUCUCAGUUAUAAGGGCAAUCCAAACCUCUUGUGGCAAUUUUUUUGGAGGUUCAGCGUUCCCUCAAUCAAUGUCGGAAUGGUACAUCUCAAACUCCAGGGAGAUUAUCAAUGCUCUUCAAGGGUCCAUUUCAAGAGGCAGGUGGCAUAUGUUUCCUGUACUCACAUUGAUAAAAGAGAUUCAAGCAGAAUUCAGGGAGUGUAGUUGGUCUUGGGUUCCCAGAACUGCAAACCUGGCAGCAUACUACUUGGCCAGGAUAGCAAUGUCGAGGAUGAGCCUAUCAUUUUGGCAACCUGAUUGCAUCAAUGGGUCUGCAAGUCAUUUGGAGUUUAGUGUUGGCAUUGCUAGAUGCAUAUUCCUUGGUGAAAAAGAAGGUCCUCCACAACCCUUUAUUGUAUCUUCUGCCUCAUUUGGCAUAAUUGUGUUGUACUUUAGUGACUUGAGCCACUGCAAUUUUGGAGAGGAAUGCCAAAAAUACCAGAUGGCAGUUGCAUUGGUGUACCUGAGCUGGAGGUAUUUCCUUUUGCCUUUGCGAUUGUUUCUAGUGAAAUUGUGGACAAUUAGAUGUGGUUUCUGCAAAGGACAUCGGAUGUCUUGCUGA